AUGAACGUCUAUCUCGUUCAAGGUCUGAAGUCAAACCUGAUCAGUGUCAGCCAGCUUUGUGAUGAAGGUUUAACGGUCUGGUUUAACAAGAUAGAGUGCAAAGCCAUUGACUCUGACGGAAAGACAGUCCUACGAGGAGUUCGCUCAGGCAACAACUGUUACAUGUGGGAUCAAUCUGCUAAGUGCUUAAGUGUCCGAGAUGAUGUUGAACUAUGGCACAAACGAUUGGGUCACAUGAAUGUUCGACAUCUCACCGACUUGGUGAAUAAGGAGAUUGUUCGUGGUGUUCCGAAGCUGAAGGGAACUGAGAAACUUGUAUGUGGUCCUUGCAAUCAAGGAAAGCAAAUCAAGGUCCAGCACAAGAAGGUGGCAGAUGUACAAUCCAAGACUGUUUUGGACUAG